UCCUGGCUUUGUAACUCGCUCAAGAUGGCGGCGCAGCCACCCAGCGGGAUCCGCCUCAGCGCGCUUUGCCCGAAGUUUUUACAUACAAAUUCUACUAGUCACACUUGGCCAUUUAGUGCGGUUGCUGAAUUAAUAGAUAAUGCUUACGAUCCUGAUGUGAAUGCUAAACAGAUAUGGAUUGACAAAACAGUGAUAAAUGACCAUAUAUGCCUGACAUUCACUGAUAAUGGGAAUGGUAUGACUUCAGACAAAUUACAUAAAAUGCUGAGCUUUGGCUUCAGUGACAAAGUCACCAUGAAUGGUCACGUCCCAGUUGGAUUGUAUGGGAAUGGCUUCAAGUCAGGUUCUAUGCGUUUGGGUAAAGAUGCAAUGGUUUUUACCAAAAAUGGAGAAAGCCUGAGCGUGGGCUUCUUGUCUCAGACCUACUUGGAAGUCAUAAAAGCAGAACAUGUUGUUGUCCCAAUAGUGGCAUUCAACAAACAACGACAGAUAAUUAAUUUAACAGAAUCGAAAGCGAGUCUUGCUGCAAUUCUGGAACAUUCUCUGUUUUCUACGGAACAGAAAUUACUGGCAGAACUUGAUGAUACUGUCAUGGGUAAGAAGGGGACGAGGAUCAUCAUUUGGAAUCUCAGAAGCUACAAAAGUGCAACAGAGUUUGAUUUUGAUAAGGAUAAAUAUGACAUUAGAAUUCCAGAAGAUUUAGAUGAGACAGCAGGGAAGAAAGGGUACAAGAAGCAAGAAAGGAUGGACCAAAUUGCCCCUGAGAGUGACUAUUCUCUGAGGGCUUACUGCAGUAUAUUAUAUCUAAAGCCACGAAUGCAGAUCAUCUUGCGUGGACAGAAAGUGAAGACACAGCUAGUUUCGAAGAGUCUUGCCUACAUUGAACGUGAUAUUUAUCGACCCAAAUUUUUAACUAAUAAAACUGUGAGAAUUACUUUUGGAUUCAACUGCAGAAAUAAAGAUCAUUAUGGGAUAAUGAUGUAUCACAGAAAUAGACUCAUCAAAGCUUAUGAAAAAGUUGGAUGUCAGUUAAGGGCAAACAACAUGGGUGUUGGAGUAGUGGGGAUUAUAGACUGUUAUUUCCUAAAGCCAACUCAUAAUAAACAAGAUUUCGAUUAUACUAACGAAUACAGGCUUACAAUAACAGCACUAGGAGAUAAGCUCAAUGAUUACUGGAAUGAAAUGAAAGUGAAGAAAAAUGCAGAAUAUCCUCUGACUUUUCUGGUUGAAGAUAUACAGAAACGUCCUGAUCAGACAUGGGUUCAAUGUGACACCUGUCUAAAGUGGCGAAAAUUACCAGAUGGGAUAGAUCAACUUCCAGAAAAAUGGUAUUGCUCCAAUAACCCUGACCCACAGUUCAGAAAUUGUGAUGUUCCAGAAGAACCUGAAGAUGAAGAUUUGGUGCAUCCCACUUACGAAAAAACCUACAAAAAGAAAGACAAGGAAAAAUUCAGGAUCAGACAACCGGAAGCAAUCCCUCGGGUAACUGCUGAGCUCUUGUUUCCAACAGCUCCUGUGUCAAGUCAAAGCUUUCCUCCCGUUAAGGAAAAUGUUCCAAGAGGACAUCUUUCAGAAGCGGCAAAUACUUAUGCAACGAGACUUAUAAAUAAUCAUCGAGGUUCACCCCAGUCUGAACCUGAGAAUAACAGCCUGAAACGGAGACUCUCUACUCGUUCCUCAAUUUUGAAUGCAAAGAAUCGGAGAUUGAGUAAUCCAGCGUUUGAAAAUUCUUAUAAAGAUGAUGACGAUGAAGACGUCAUCAUCUUAGAAGAAAACAGUACUCCCAAGCCUGCAGUAGAGGAUGAUAUUGAAGUGAAAUUGCAACAGAGUCACAUGGAGCAGAGCGGUGUUCAGGUGGAGUCUGUGGGUGAUAAUGAACCAUGUGGCCAGACUAGUUCAACAGGCACCUCAUCGUCCAGGUGCAAUCAGGGAACCACUGCAGCCACCCAGACUGAAGUACCAGGUUUCGUCGUUAAAAAGGAAGAAACUAUUGAAGAUGAGAUAGAUGUAAGAAAUGACACAGCCAUACUGCCAUCCUGUGUGGAAACUGAAGGAAAGACACGUGAAACUCAGGAAAUCUUUGAUAAACCUGCUGGUGAUGCUGGUUGCCAAUUAAAUGAACUAAGAAAUGAGCUGCUUCUUGUCACCCAAGAAAAAGAAAAUUAUAAAAGACAGUGCCACGUGUUUACUGACCAAAUCAAAGUGUUACAGCAGAGGAUACUGGAAAUGAAUGACAAAUGCGUGAAGAAGGAAACUUGCCAUCAGUCUACUGAAACUGAUGCUGUACUUUUACUUGAAAGUAUUAAUGGUAAAUCUGAAAGUCCAGACCAUAUGGUGUCUCAGUAUCGGCAAGCUUUGGAAGAAAUAGAAAGGCUGAAAAAACAGUGUAGUGCUUUGCAACAUGUAAAGGCUGAAUGCAGUCAGUGUUCCAAUAGCGAGAGUAAAAGUGAAAUGGAUGAGAUGGUUGUGCAGCUUGACGAUGUAUUUAGACAGCUGGACAAAUGCAGUAUCGAGAGGGACCAGUAUAAAAGUGAGGUUGAAUUAUUGGAAAUGGAAAAAUCACAGAUCCGUUUGCAGUGUGAAGAACUGAAAACUGAAAUCGAACAAUUAAAAUCUACAAGUCGACAAAUUGGAGAUGUGUCAACGUCAAGUAACAUUGAGGAGUCUGUAAAUUAUACUGAUGGGGAAAGCCUCAAACUUCGAUCUCUUCGAGUUAACGUAGGACAGCUCCUGGCCAUGAUUGUACCUGAUCUCGAUCUUCAGCAAGUGAAUUAUGAUGUCGAUGUAGUUGAUGAGAUCUUAGGACAAGUUGUCGAGCAAAUGAGUGAAAUCAGUAGUACUUAA